AUGGAGCAAUGCUCCGCUCUGCCGUCGAUCAAUGGCAAGUUUUCGGAUCCACCGACUACGGAUAUACUGGAAACUCGACCGACUUCAGGAGUUUUCACAGUACGUCGAGCGUUAGGGAUGAUACCAAAAAGUGCUGGCGCAACUUCGGUUGCUCGACGUACAAGACACAGCGAAGUGGCAAUGAUAUCUAGUUGGCAACAACACGAAAGCCUAUUGCAGCGACCAUCCUCGAGUAACGUAACAUCACGAAAUGCUUCAACAGAGAGAAGAACCGAGCGCGAUAAGCAGCCAGGCAACGCAAUUCAAAACGAUUCCACGGACGCAUUCCAGCGACUGCGCAACGAUAACGCCUUAUUUCGUCAGGAGAACGAUCUACUCCGUGCGAAGCUAGUGGAGAAGAUGCGAGGGCAAAGUAAAGUGGUUGCUGGUGGUCAGUAUCGUGCUACAUCGGCUUCGCCUGUAGCCAAAGUGCCGCCAACGCCAAAUUCAGGGUGUUCAAAGUGUUCAAUCGCACGAGCGAGGGCAAUAAAGGCUCACCAAGAGAGCGAACAGGCUCAUGCUGCUACUGCUGAGCUUCGGGAAUAUGUCGACAAAAUCGAAGCGUCUCAGCACAAACUGUGGGAAGAACGAAGUUGUAAUGUAAAUGAAAUUGCGAAGUUACGAGAGAAACUUGCAGAAAAAGCUGAGCACUGCAUUCUCGUCGAGACAGAGUGCGCUAAACUGGAUAAACAAGUGAAGCGACUGCAGUCAGAAAUUGACAGUACCAAAUUCACUCAACCGUUCGUCGAACAGGAGAUUGUGGACAAUGCAACGCAGUGUACAUUACAACAGAGCUAUGAUGAGGAGAGUAUGGCUGAUCAACAGUGUGAGAUAGAAAUUUUAAAAGGAGAGGUACAACUACUGAAACAGCAACGCGAUGAACGCGAACAAGAUCUGGAUAAAGUUUCCAAAACCUUAGAAGAGAUUCAGAUGGCGAUGAAGUUGGAGAAGGAGCAACGCGAUAGCGAAAAAUCUGCGUGCAAUGGAGAGAUUUCCCAAUACAAGCGACGAGUGUUGGAACUUGAGGAAAUCAACAAGACGUUGCAAGUAUCCGUUCAAGAUAUUCAUCAAAGUCGUGAAAAAGAACUCCAGCUUAUCCAGAGAGCAAAUCAGGAGACCCGUGAUCAUGUGAUAGCCAAGGAAGCCGAGAUCCAACAACUUAUCAAGCAGCACAAAACUGAAACGCUAGCGGUUGAACAGCGGAACCAGACGCUCAUAAAAGCUCUCAAAGUUCGGAUCGCGCAGAAAGUUGCCGAUGUCGAAAGAUUACACGCUUUGCUUGCCCAUCACUCCACUGUAAAGAAAGAGAACGAAGCGAUGAAGACGCGUAUCCUAGACCUAGAAGAGCGAAUUCAAUAUCUGAUCUCCAGUAACGACCUUCAGCAGCAACAAACAGUGGAUCUUGCUCAGAUCGAACGCGAUAAAUUGUUAAGUGAAGGUGCAGCAGAACAACAUCGACUAUCGGAGGCUUUGAAUACUCUUCAACAAGAAAAUCGAUCUUUAAAGACGAGAAUAUCGGAAGUGGAAGCCGAACUAGCGGAUCGAGACGAGUUGAUGCAAAGCCAAAAGCGUUCGCAUGAGCGUGCAUUGGAAUGUUUAGUUGAAUCGUCUCUGCGGUUAUGUGUCGUGGCGCCCACAGUCAACGUGCAGCUGAACACCAACGGGGCAAAUAAAUUGAAUGUGUCGAAAGAUUCAAGCGAGUUAGCGUCGAUCAUGUGCAGAUCGACGCCUCAACAAGACCGUAUCAAAUGCGUGAUCGAGAACGACGUCUUACCUCAAUUUACGAGCGUAUUUUUGCAAGAAGAUGACAAUGCGAGUCCUCAAGCAGAUGUACCCAUGACGCGUUGGUUGCAAGAAUUACUUCAAGACAUGCAAGCACGAAUAGCUACUCAAUUGGAGAAUAUCUAUUCGACUACCUCGGGAAGUAGCAACGAGUAA